AUGCCGAGUAUAUGCUCACGCAUCAAGAGCCUUCUUUGUACCUCCAAGUCGUACUCACGACCGGCCGACAAAGCAACGACCAUAUCAGGUCCUGACGGACCAUCAACUUCGGAAGCCGGCUCGAAGACGGGCAAUGGUCCUCGAGCUGAUUAUGUCAGUAUUAUCGCGAUCCAUGACUUGAAUGGCCACAGAGAAAAGACAUGGACAGCAGAAAAUGGCGUCUUGUGGCUUCAAGUCCUUCUGCCGGCUACCAUACCCAAUGCCCGGAUCCUUGUGUAUGGCUGGGACGCUGAUACUCACAGUAAAGAACAUGUCUCGUCGCAGACAAUACCUCGACAUGCGGAAAAGUUUGUUCAAUCCUUCUCACGGCAACGUAGUGGCAAUCCACGCCGCCCGAUCAUUUUCAUAGCGCAUAGAGUGGGAGGAAUCGUGCUCAAACAAGCGCUUGUCCUUUGCCAUGUCAAGACUUUGGGCGUGAAUAAUCAGCUGCGGGAUAUAUUGGUAUCCACUCAUGCGAUUUUGUUCUUUGGAACACCUCAUUUCGGCGUCAAAGGCGAGACAACAGAUACUAUCCUCCGAAUUCUCGGAGAACACUCAUCGGAUCUAGAGGACAUAAAAUCCAUAUAUACUCCAGCAAGCGCGGAGAUUGAAGCGGUUCAGUUUUACGAAGAGUAUCCAACACAAAUCGUCGAUGAUUUCUACCAACAAAUUGCGCCGCAUUAUUCGGCUAUAGUUGCCGGAGAUCGUCAGGCAGCUCAAGAGGUGUUGCACGCCGAUCACUUUGAGAUGGUCAAAUUUCAGCAUUCGGGUGAUGUGAAUUAUGUAGCAGUUCUAUCCUACCUCCAGCUGCACGUCGAAGGAGCGAACGAGGCUGUGACAAAGAAAUGGCGCGCGGAGGACGCAUUUCGAGUCGGCACGAAGAUCGAUCUCAAACUGUACCUCGGCACAUCAGCGCAUGGGUCGGUCCUACUCACGACAAGGAACAUUGACUACUUGGGUUACGCCGCACGAGACUCAAUUAAAGUCGGUAAUUUCGAGGAGAGUGAGGCGUUGACUUUGCUUCAUACAACUGCCACCUUUAUCCCUUCAUCCAAAAUCGAUUCUCCCAAGAUCGUCAGGGAGCUCGGCAUGCUAGCACUCGCAAUCACUCAAGCAGGAGUGUUCAUCCGGAACGAACGACGUUUCGAUACGUACCUGGACAUUCUUCAAAAACAUCAUGAACAGGUUCUGGGAAAGGUGCCAGGUGACGGUAGCGAGUACUCCACGUCUACAUAUACUGCGUUCGAAGUAUCGCUCAAAGAACUCCCUGUGGUGACACUGGAGUUCCUGAAGCUCUGUUACUUUCUUCAUCAUUCGGUCAUUCCGAUCACUCUCUUCGAACGGUCGAUUGGAUUCGGCUUCAUGACAUGCACCGUCCGGGAGAGCUCUCCUUCUCCAAAGAGUGACGCGAAAUUCAUCUCCAUGCUUGAACAGAUCCUAGGCUCAAUGUGGGAUCGGUUCGCAUUCGGUAACCUUGUCGCACCGGGCACCCAGGCAUCAUUGCUUAAUCUUUCGAGCGAUGGAUUAUUCUACUCUAUACACCCUUCCUUCAAGGCUAUAUCAAGAACCGCCUUGGUGAUGUGA